AUGCCUUCGAUCAACGUUUCCCUCAAGGAAGGUGCCGAUGCCUCCCAGCUCGACUCCGCCAAGAAGCAAGUCACCGAGCAGGGCGGCAAGAUUACCACCGAGUUCAAGCUGAUCAAGGGCUUCACUGCCGAGUUCCCUGAAGACAAGGUCCACACCCUCUCGUCCAACGACCAUAUCAACGUUGAGAACGACGGAGAGGUCAGAACCCAGUAG